CUCAGGUUUGUUUGCAUAAAAAUCAGAAUUUCUAUUAUGAGAGGUUCAUUAUUAAAUCUAAAACUAUCCAAACAAUCAUAAAAAUCAACUAAACAUCAAAUUUCCAAAAUAAAUAAAGAUUCUUCAAAGCAACAUUAAAUUCAUCCAAAUCAGAAUGGACAGUUCACCAACAACAAUUUACAAUCUCCCAGAUGACAUCUUAAUUGAUAUCUUCAGCUAUUUCAACCAUCAAAACAUCCUUAAUGCCAUUGAAGUCUGCCAACGAUGGGCGAACAUCAUCAAAUCUACAAACAGCCUUAAGUGCCGCUUCAAGUCAACAAUUCUUCUCCGUAAAAGUUCCUACUUGAUCAACAGAUUCUAUCCAGCAGAGCUUAAUGACAACAUAACGCUUGAUAUGACAGCACCGUGUGAGAAUAUUCAUCAAGAGAUUACUGAUUUACUUGAAAGGUCAUCAAAAUUUAUUAAGGUAUUAACAUUGAAAACAUUUUUCAUGAAGAAUGUCUUUAAAGUUCUUAAAAUGACACCAAAUCUUGAAAAGUUGGUUCUCAUCAAUUUACGUCGUGACAAGACUGAGGAAAUGUUGGAAUUAACGAAACUUAAGCAUCUCGAGUUGAUCAAUGCACUAAAAAUUGGACAAUUCAUCACAACCGUAAGCAGCAUCAAGACCCUCAAAAUCAUGGGUAUAUUGUCAAUUUCGUGCAAGAAAAAGAGACUGGAUAUUCGAUAUGAAGAGGAUCUAGAAAAGGAUGGAUUCAGUGCAGCAAUCAGCACCUUCCUGGGACGAUGUGUGAACCUCAAAGAACUUUCGAUCUCGAAUGUCCAAAAACCCAAUAUUACACUUGACUGCUCACAAUUUUCAUUCAAUCUGGAAUCAUUCGUCCUUGAGUACAUCGUAAUGCCAAAACAAAAUUUACUCGAAUUUUUGGUCAGUCAAAAGUCAAGCCUGAAGAGCUUCUCAAUGAUGAUUUGUGAGCCACAACCAGAAGUAAUGGACCUUGUGCUCUUCAAUAUGCAUCUAGUGGAACUUGAAAUCGACACAGCAAUGCUCCCAAAGAAUUUUGAUGUUAAAGAAAAAUUCUCAACAAUUAAAAAGCUUUGCUUCAAAUCCUACAAAGUUCAAGAGUACUUAAGACAAAUUGAGUACAAUAAAGUUCAUCAUGACGCAAUAGAUGAAAGGUGUGAGUUCGACAACAGGAUGAUUGACUUUAAUUUUGUAAAGAACAAAACCAGAGUUUUUAAGCUUCAAGAUGACCGUGACUACUACAUCGCUCCAUGGAAUGAAAUAACAUGGGAUAUACAAAAAGAAGGCAACCAUCCACUGUCAUCGAUGUUGAUAAUGAGAAUCCUCUCAGCAUGUCCUGAUCUCGAGUUGGCUGUUUUCCAGCACUUUUACUGCUCUCAAUUUCUAGACCAGCUGAAUACAUCAUGCAAAAACUUGAAAGAGCUGAGACUUUAUGAAGUUCCAAAAGAAAUUUCAGAAGACUUGCUUUUCGAGGACUUAGAGACACUUGAGAUUGAUCAUAUGGUGCCAGAAAAUGACGAGGAAGUGAGGAAGAGAUUAAUCACAUUGGGAAACAAAUGUCCAAAGUUGAAAACACUGAAAAUUCACGAUUUUAAUGACGAUUACAGAAGACGCUUUCGUGAGCUUGCCAUUGGAAUUAAAACUCUUGAAGAACUUCAUGUUGGAAGCUGUUAUCAAUUUCUGUCAUCCCUACAAGAUGACAUUAAGGAUGUCAAAGAUAAUGGAUCAAAUCUUAAGCAUUUCUCAUGUAUUGCUUACUUCUGUGAGUGUAAAUACUUUUACUCAAUCACCGGAAUGGAAGUGCAUGGCGUUCAAUUGACUUUUCAUGGCUUGUACAGAAAAGUAUUCACAUCAAUUUAUCAUGACCGUCAGCUAGGAUCAAUGCGGAGAAGAAUUGGAGGCAAAAUUUCUAAAAUUAGGGAAAUCGGAUGGAGAAUUCUCAAUGACGAGCAAACAUGUUAGGAAUAAGUGGAAAAGGAACGACACAAUUUGAUGUAAACUUAGUAAAAAAGAAUAAAUCAAAAAAUAAAACAUAAUUUUUAAAGUUA